UCUCGGCCCAAGGCCAGCUCAUAAGUAAGAAUGCGACGGGACAGUUAUUCUGGCAUAAAAUAAAGUUAAACCUGUGCGCUAGUACUCCUCGGGGAUGCCAUGGGCGAGCCGUGCGCUACGACUGUGGAGGACGGACCGGCAGCUGUCGCUAACCAUGCCGAGAUGAACAUGAAGCAGAUGGAGGUGGUCGCCAAGCGGUCGGAGAGCCCCGUCGCAACGGAGGAGACGGUCUUCAUCAAGAGGAACGCGCGGGAUGCCGAGACCAACACGGAGCCGACCAAAUGCUGCGGGAGGCUGCGGGAGGCCUGCCCCUGCCCGCCCAGAGGCCUGCUGGCCUCCCUCGUAACCAAAGUGGCCAUGGCUGCGGUGCUGUUCGGGGUGGUGUGGUCCGUCACCGAAACGGAGUGCCUGCCGGGGGGGAACCUGUUUGGCAUCACCGUGCUUUUUAUCUGCGCCGUGGCGGGCGGCAAAAUCGUGGGGUGCAUCCGGAUACCCAGGCUGCCCCCCUUCCCCCCGCUGCUGGGAAUGCUGCUGGCCGGCUUCAUUCUGCGCAACACCCCCGUGGUGACAGACGCCGUUCACAUUGAUUUCCGCUGGUCGGCCUCGCUGAGGAACAUCGCCCUGGCCAUCAUCCUAUCCCGGGCGGGGCUGGGGUUGGACGCCUCGGCCCUGAAGAAGCUGAAGAUGGUGUGUCUGCGGGUGGCGGUAGGACCCUGCACCAUAGAGGCCUGUACCGUGGCUGUGGCCUCACACUUCCUCAUGGGCCUGCCCUGGAUAUGGGGCUUCAUCCUGGGGUUCGUGCUGGGCGCAGUGUCCCCGGCGGUGGUGGUCCCCUCCAUGCUGCUCUUGCAGAAGGACGGCUACGGCGUGGAUCAGGGUGUGCCCACGCUGCUCAUGGCGGCCGGCAGCUUCGACGACGUCCUGGCCAUCACCGGCUUCACCACCUGCAUGGGCAUGGCCUUCGCCACAGGCUCCACUUGGUAUAACCUGCUGAGGGGGGUGCUGGAGGUGGUGGGGGGCAUCGUUGCCGGAGUGAUCCUGGGCUUCUUCGUGCGAUUCUUCCCCAGCAAAGACCAGAAAAGUCUGGUGGUGAAACGCUCCUUCCUGCUCCUGGGUCUCUGCGUCUUCGCCGUCUUUGCCAGCAACGUGGCGGGUUUCCCCGGCUCGGGCGGCCUGUGCACGCUGGUGCUGGCCUUCCUGGCGGGACUGGGCUGGGGCGAGGCGAAGGCCGCUGUGGAGGAGGUGGUGGGCGGAGCCUGGGAGGUCUUCCAGCCGCUGCUCUUCGGCCUGAUUGGGGCAGAAAUAACCAUCUCCACCCUGGAUCCCAUUACAGUGGGGCUGGGUCUGGCGGCCCUCACGAUAGCGCUGACCGUUAGAAUUCUCUUCACCUUCCUCAUGGUGAUGUGCGCUGGCUUCAACUUCAAGGAGAAGGUCUUCAUCGCCCUGGCCUGGGUUCCCAAGGCAACCGUGCAGGCGGCCAUUGGCUCCACGGCGCUGGACAUCGCCCGCGGGAAGAAGGAGCAGGAGCUGGAGAAGUACGGCAUGGACGUGCUGACCGUGGCCGUUCUGGCCAUCCUGCUGACCGCCCCCGUCGGCGCCCUGGUCAUUGGCCUGACCGGACCGCGGCUGCUGCAGAGAUCCAGGGACCCCGCCGCUGGGAACACGCACCUGGGUGUGCCCCAGGAACCGCCAGAACCACCCAUGACGUACGAGAGCUCCAUCUGACACCUAGGCAACCGCCUUGGAAGGGUUGGCCGCAAGGCGCCGGAGCCAGGAAGACCCCCGGCCCGUGGAGGAAGUGACCCGAGCCAACCAACAGGAAGUGACCCGCAAACCCCCACGCCAACCCCCUUCCUCCUAACCCGCCCUUCUUUGCUGUUCAGUCCUGGGCACCGCCACCCAGAUACUGCCGGCAAGUCCAUGCGUACGUACAGCCACUGGUAACACCAGCUGGGUGAAUCAGUUCCCAAGGGUGAAGCCAACACUUAAAAAACACAACCCUCUGUCAAGCACCUGCACUAUGGCCAAUCAGUAUCAGUUCAGACACCCCACUUAUAACCCCAUACACUCUCCACAGAUGGCAUCGAGGAGAUUAAACAUCUAGCGUCUAU